AUGUGACGAUUUUGCUUCUAUGAUGUUAUGCUUAUCUGUAUCUAUGGUCUGUGAGUAAAAGAACAUUUUGAUUUUUGACAAACAAACACUAUAUUUAUGGUUUAUUAUGUCUUUUUUGUUUCGACAGUCGUCGUAUUUCAAAUAAAUUAAAUAGGGAGAAAGUGAAAAGAUUCGUAGAAUUUAAGAAGAAAAUUUUAAUAUCUUAUAAUGCCAGACAAGAGCUGACGCUAUUUACUAUCUUCUAAUUUGAUUAUUGUGGUGCAAGUGAUGAUUCCUUUCAACGAACCUUAACAUAAUUUCGUAACAAACUAAAUGGCCCAGAAUUAAAAGUGUAAAAAUGUUUGGUAUUAAUGGUACUGAUUUCCCACCAGUGAAAGAAGAUACGUUUUGCAAAUAUGUUUUAUAUUACGAGAUAAACAACUCAAGGGUUCGUAUUUGGGAUUUAAUUAUAUUGAUACCGAACGCACUUUUUGUACUAUUCUUAGUGGUUAGAUUUAACAAAGCUCAGUUAAAAUUGCGUGCUACUAGUAGCCCAAUUUUUCUGACUUUUUAUUCAUUAGUAUGGGGAAAUGUUAUCAUCAGUUUGAUAAGAUGUGCAGUGUCCAUGACUGUGAAUGCAGCUAUGCCCCUUGGAGGUCUAAUUGAUAAGAUCCUGUGGGUCACUGUAAGAUUCUUCCUACUUGCAACUGAGAUGAGUGUGGUAAUUUUUGGACUUGCUUUUGUUAUUUCAGGUCAUAUGGAUAGUCGGAGCAGCAUCAGAUAUGUUUUACUUGCAACAUCUUUUAUAUCAUUGGCAUUUACUGUGACCCAAGGGACACUUGAAAUUGUAAUGCCAGAUGACAUGUUCCACAUUGAUACCAGAGACUAUGAUUUAUUUGGACAUGGUGGAAUGCUUUUCUGGUUCACAUCAUCUCUGGUAUUUGGUAUUAUUUACUUAGUCAUCUUGCUUCUUCCGUGGAUACCUAUCAGAGAAUAUUUAGCUUUGCCAACGAAACUCUCCUUUUAUUUCUACAUAUUACUGUUAGCUUUACUUGAUAUAACGCAAGCAGUUGGGGCUGGCCUCUUAAUUUGGGGUUCAAUGCAACCAGGUCUAUGUGUUGUUGAUGUUACCACCUGGCUAUAUUUUUCCUUGUAUACACCGCUUGUUUACCAUACGUUCCUCAGCGAAUUUUUCAGUGUAUCACAGCCAAGUAUAAUGUUCUCAUACAAAGCUCAAAUGGAUGAGCCAAUGGAUGACGAUCAAGUCUCUCUGCCGCAUCAGCAAAGUUUCAGCUCUCUCAAAACAGAUUCUGACUACAUUUAUCAGCAGAGCAACAGUGUAUAUGACAGUACUCUAUUCGAAGCAGGCGGGACAACUCCAAUGAAUCCCAUGUACAGUGCAUCCUUGCAAAGUCCAGACUCAAUAGCAUCUGGCCAAUCAAUAGACAUGCACACUGGUUUCGCGAAUCAAAAUAUGUUAUCUACAUAACAAUAAUAGUAUAAUAAUAUCGUGAACAUGUGAAUAACACAAUAGUAUUGGAAUUUUUACCACAGUUAUACUAUAGUCUCUAUUCAUACAGUAGUUUGACGAAGACGUUUAGACAGGUCUAUCGUGCGGGCGCAAGGGGCGAGCCACGGGAGGUACAAGCUCGAGUUAAAUACGGCAUGUUGUUAGCAGAUCGGGACACAUUUUAAAGGUUGCUAUACGCAUGUUUUAAUGUUUGUAGGUAUCUUAUAUUAUUAUAUGUAUAUGAUCAAAUGUGAUAUGUAAUUAUGUUGUGCAAAUGGUACAUACUACUCGUGCUGUGAGAGAUUGCAAAAUCGUUAUCUCCUGUUAUGGAUCUGCGUUUUCUUAAUUACUGUAUUAUUGAGCUGUGACAACUGUGACAUUGUCUAGACGUUUUUGCCUUUUAGUACGAGAUAGGCGUUGUACUACUGUAUACUUCUUUAUAUAAUGAUUAUGACUACAGAUGAAGGAGUCGUGGUAAUUAUUCCAUUAAUAUUAAGUCAUUUGUAAGCCUCAUAACAUCUUUAUACAUCCAAAGAUACUUUAAGAUUUUAACGAUUAUUUACUGCAUAGUUUUAAAUUUGCGUGUCUUAGUUUUUCCUUAAAGAAUCUCUUUGUGUGUUUGUUUAAAAGUUUGUUUUGAUAAUAAGUGUAUCCAGUGAUCGAAUAGACUUUGAGACUGUUACAUCCCAUCUCUGCUUUAAAUAUAUGUAAUGGAUCCAUCCACAUUAUUUCAAAUAAGAUUAAGAUUAUUGUGAAGUUAUCGUAAAAGUGUGUAAUUUUGGACAUCGAAUCCAAGCCUAAUUAUACUAGAUAUCUACAUUAUAAAAUAUGUAGAUGGGGAAUACAAAUUGUCAUCAAAUUUAUGAAUUAUAUUAGUUUUCUUCAAAUGAGUACUACACUUGAAUGAUUCGUUACAUAUUUGUAAUAUCAUUACUAGCAAGUAUCAAUCAAGUCCUUGUUAUGUAUCACAAUUAUUGCAGUGAGUAAAA